GUGCAGUCGUUGUAGACAAACGCAAAGUAAACGCGCGCGCGCAGUCAAACGUCAUUCAACCGUUACAGCUAGUGUGAUUUUGUGCGUUUUGUUUUGAUCGCGGCAUUCCCUUAGUUGGCUGAGGCUUGUGCCAUUGCUGUUAGUGUUGCUGCUGUUGUUGUUGUUGCUGCUAACGUGACAAAUACGCUUACGGUGUCGUGUGCUGCGCCGCACGCUUGCACAUUUCUACCUGCCUCUGCGAAAGUCUGCAAAAUACUCGAAUCCCAAAUGUAUUAGUCAUGACGGUGUCAUUUUUGAAUCAUCCAACCGGGCCGCCGCACUCACUCCCUCGCGCAGCAUUCGUGAAUAAGCCAGUGAGCAGAGAGCGCGAAUCGUAAACUGUUUACAUUGCUCAGCUCCGCUUGGCUCGGCUCAGUUGAGUUCAGUUCAGUUCAGUUAAGCUCAGUUCACUUGCAUAAAGUUCGGCUCAGUUAUUACUCAUAAGUACCUUGCUUGGCUCUGACUCUGACUUGGAGUCACAGCGGCAAACACUUCCUCUCUCUCCAUCUCUCUCUCUCUCGCUGGGUCUCUCUAGCGGCCAGCUGCGAUUACGUGAAAUUAGAAUAGAAAAACAAAGAACAAACAACAACAAAGCCGUGCUGCUGCCUGAUAAGAGUAUAAUUUGUGAUUUGUGAGCAAUCCAGUGAUCGGAUCGUGAAUGUCAGCACAGCUGACGGAGCAGUCUAAGCUGAUUACCAAUCGCAUGUGCCACACCAGUAAACCAGCUUAUCUGGCAUUAUGAGUGACGACACAACAUCGAGUCUGGGCUAUGGCGAUGGCGACGGCGAUGGGCUGGCUGCCUCAGUGGCACCAACGAACGGCCUGCUGGAUGCUGUGGAUGAAAAUGGCUUCUCGCAAUCGCUGUUGACCUUUGCGGCGAUCAUGACCUUUCUGAUCAUGAUCGUCGGCAUCUGUGGCAAUUUUCUGACCGUUGUCGCGCUGCUCAAGUGCCCCAAAGUGCGCAAUGUGGCCGCCGCCUUCAUUAUCAGCCUGUGCAUAGCCGAUCUGCUGUUCUGUGCGCUGGUGCUGCCGUUCCAGGGCUUGCGCUUCGUGCAGGGCGGCUGGCGCUACGGCAAGAUCCUGUGCCGCGUCAUCCCGUUCAUCCAGUAUGGCAACAUUGGGGUCUCGCUGCUCUGCAUCGCCAUGAUCACGAUCAAUCGGUAUGUGAUGAUCACGCAUCACAGCUGCUAUGCGCGCAUCUACAAGCGCCACUGGAUCGCCGUCAUGAUCGCCGCCUGCUGGCUGGUCUCCUACGGCAUGCAGCUGCCCACGCUGCUCGGCGCCUGGGGACGCUUCGGGUACGACACGCGGCUGCAGACGUGCUCGAUCAUGAGCGAUGCGCACGGCCAUAGCAGCAAGACGACGCUGUUCAUAACGGCCUUCGUGAUACCCUGCCUGGUGAUCAUUGCGUGCUAUGCGAAAAUCUUCUGGGUAGUGCACAAGUCCGAGCAGCGGAUGAAGCGGCAUGCCACCAAACAGAACUCCAUACCCAACAACUUGAGGGCGGUCGCCAGCCAGCCGAACAACCAGGCGGACAACCAGACGGUGACCCAAACAGUGGCCGGCAGUCGCGUCUCCACGGACAGCAGCAGCUGCUCCACGGACGUGCCGGAGACAGUGAUCCCGGCCGGGGGCAAGCAGCCGACCACGCGGGUCAAGGAUCAGCGGGAGGUGCGCGCCAAGCGCAACGAAUGGCGCAUCACCAAAAUGGUGUUGGCCAUCUUUCUGUCCUUCGUCGUCUGCUACUUGCCGAUCACCAUUGUCAAGGUGGCCGACAAGGAUGUGGAGCAUCCCAGUCUGCACAUCUUCAGCUACAUCAUGCUCUACCUGUCCGCCUGCAUCAAUCCGAUCAUCUAUGUGAUCAUGAACAAGCAAUAUCGUAAGGCCUACAAGACGGUUGUCCUCUGCCAGCCGGCGCGCCUCCUGCUGCCCUUUGGCAAAUCGAAUGGGGCGAAUAGUGCUGCAGAGAAAUGGAAAGACACCGGAUUGAGCAACAACCACAGCCGCACUUUGGUGUCCCAGAUGUCCGCCGGCGCAGCAGCGGCUGCAGCGGCGUCGCCAACGGCAGCGGCGCCUGCACCGACAUCCGAUUGCCCGUCCUUGCCGGCAACCAAAUCGGGCCAGUCACUGGAGCUGCUCUCCCGCUGUCCAGAUCUGAUAAGCCGCUCGAAUUUGCCGCCGUUGGCUACGCCCCCAACCCCGCCGCCGCCUUCGGUAACGCUCGCAGCCAGCAGCAACAGCAACAGCAACGGGAGCUCCAACAGCAACCGGCUGCCACCCAAGAAGAGCAAUCACUCCUAUAUCAACAACGGCUUCAACAGCAGCGGAGCGAGCAGCAGCAGCGGGGCGAACAGCAGCCUGAGCAGUGGCGUUUACCGACCCGCAGCUGGCUCGCUGGCUCCGCUGGGGCAUCGUCGCAUCACCAUGGUGGGGGACGACAUCAUACUGGAGGAGGAGGAGCUGCCCGCAACGGAGCUGCCAGCGCCGACGAUGAUGGCCAGCAAGGUGACCAAAUCACCGAUCUACAUGAACAUCGACAGUCCGAAGAGAAACCAAUCUUAUAGCGCCAAUGCGACGGUCAAGGAUGAUGCACUGCAGCAGGCGUCGGUCCAGGACCAGGAUGACGCUAGCAAAGUGCUGACGAAGCCUCCAAAUCCAAAAGACUAACGAAAUGCUUUAAUUCCAAAUAUCGUAACUGUUACAUUCCCCCCUCCCCACUACGUGCCGUGCGCCAUGUAUUUGGCGUAUAUCGUAUAGCAUAUAUCGUACACUCAAUAACGAUUACGACAUGCUACCUAUGUCGUAGAUUGUAUUCUGUGCUCUCCAUAUCGUUUACGAUAGAUAGGAGCACUCCAUACGGUUUACGAUGUAUGCAAGUGUGUCUCGUAAACUCUACACUAAGCUAUAACGAUUACGAUAUAUG